AUGGGGCAGGUAAUAAUGUCAUCUAUGCUUAGUCUUAGGUGACCGAAGCCGUCUCAACAUAAGAAUAGUUCCAAUUCUUAGAUAAUACUCUUCCAUAUCUCAUCUCCUUUACCAUUGUCAAUCUUCUUCCAAAAUAAAGUGCCUUUUCUAACUUCCAAUUCCAUUAAAAAUCUAUUGCUGCAAACAAACCAUCAAUCUGUCCCUUCAAGUCUUUUAGGCAAUUUGGCAAAUGGAUAAAGUCGUUUUUAGUUAUCAAAUUGUGUUUGACCUCAUAUAAAAUGGAUUAUCUUUCAUUCUUGUAGCUAGCCUCUGUUGAUCUAUUAGAUUUUUUCAGAAAUAUGCAAUUCAGUUUUAUAAAAAUUAGAGGUAGUUAUGACAUCUAUACAAUUCCCCAAAACCUUUCAAUCCUUCCAGAAAUAUAUUCCCUGGAACUAAAGAAAGAUUCCUCUUUAAUUUCAAGAUUGAUAUACUAUUUUUUAGUUACUAGAUAAUAUACAGAAUAGGAAUAUAAGAUUAUAAGAUAUCAAAAAAAGAGUCUUAAGAUUAGGGUGGAAGAAAGAAUUUAAGGGCGAGAAAGAAUAAAUAUAAAGGAAUUAAAAUACAUUUCUCGUUUUAACAAAAACAAAAAUUUGUAACUUUUGACCAUCCAUAUGGCAUGUGAUGCUUACCAAUUAUAAAAUACAAAAAAGUACAAUUAGAAUAUGUCAGGUAUAAAAAAUAAAAUGUCAAGAAGAUACAAUUCAGAUUCCAAGGGGAACAGAGCUUCUUAAGGGUCUUGACAUUCAACAUCACCUGGGAGUAGUAGCUAUAAAGACUCCCUAGCAGCUGAAUCUUUAAUCAGGGCAUUUUUAGACAAAGGAAGGAUGAGGCCCUAUUUUAAAAGUAUUAUUCAUUGGUGGUUCCGAACUAAAACAAGGAGAGUAUGACUUAGCCCAUAGAAGACUGAAGAACUGUUGGCAAGAGAGGAAGGAAAAGUUAUAUGGAAUGAGAGUAGUCCUCAGGAUUAAGAUGGUGGACAAAGGAUUGAAUGUUGAUGUAAAUCUUAAAUGGGUGAAACUCUCGAUAAUAAUGGUACCCCUUAUUGUCACACCGAAAAUAUGGAUCAACAGGUAAGUGGAGGAAAAAAGAUUUUUAAAAGAUUUCCAGUUGGACUUAUUUAGAUAUGAACACUUAGGUAAAUAGAAUUGUUAAUUAAUAUGGGAUAUUAACUGUUUGGAGUUAAAAUAAAAUAAAUAAAUAUCCCAACUUUCAUUUAUAGCAAUAACAAAUUAACUAAGUGAUUAUAAUUUUCAAUCAAAAAAAGAUGUUAUCAACUAAGUAAAUAAAUAAAAAUUUGUGAUAUUAUUUUUUAUAUCACUAAUAUUGUAUAUAAAGAAUCUUUCUAAAUAAUUUGAUUUAAACCAGAAAAAAUUUGGAAGCAACAAAUUAAUAUUGAUAAUUUUAUUAAAUUUAAUGAAACUAAAUAUAUUGAUGUUUAUGAUAUUAUGUUUAGCUAACACAUAAGAACAAUGGGAUAUUAUAUACCAAAGCUUUCAAGAUACUAACACAAUGGAUGCAUCGGGUUAUUUAUAUAUUAAAUUAUUUAGGCUGGAUUGUAAGUAAUAAUUAUUUUGGAAAUUUAUUUUCAAAUUGCUAGAAUAUUCGAUUGUUUGGAGGAGAAUACGCAUUUGGAGCUGAUACAAUAUUAUCCAAGCUCUUUUCCUUACCUCCUCAUUAUUAAGUCGAAGUUACUUUAGAAUUAUGGAAGUAAUUCUUAUAUAAAACGUAGAAUUCACUAACCUAGUUAUGAAGUUGUCAUUAUUGUCGACGGUAUUACAUUAGACUCAAAAUCUUAUUAUUUGUGGAUAGACUAAGCUUAUUUUAAAUAUCUGGAACAGUCAAAAGAUUGUCAUCCAUACAGUUAUUCAAAUGUAAUGGAUUCGGAAUUUCAACAAAUUACAAUUAGAAUGAAUCAUAAUUCAGAAUCGUUAACUUACAUAAUGACUUCAGAUUACUCCUCCUAUUAUGGUAAUUAAAAAGGAUAUUGGGGAAUUAGAGAUUUUACAUUGUCAAUAGUAAGAUGUCCUUCUGGUUGUUUAUAUUGUUCAGACAAUGAUUAUAAUAAUUGUUAUUAAUGGAUAGGUGUUUUAUCACUGUGGCAUGAAUCAAUUAAAUUAGAUGGAUGGGUGAAAAAUGAUAAUAUCUAACCUGCAACGUCUAAAUGUGUAAUUUUUGAUCUUGUUGGAGGAUACCCUAAUUUACAUUCAUAUGAUAAAUUAGAAAAAAUUAUACAAAACUUGAGUCCUCAUUAUAAAAUCUCAAUAAAUUUCUAAAUUUGGUAAAUUGAUAGAUGGUAGUCUAAUUACGAGUCCUUUUAGUUAUUGGUAGAUGAUUAAAUUUAUAAUUAAACUAAUAACAGAUUUACAGAUUAUUACUUAAUGUGUGGUGGAUUCUCGAGUUUGGUAAAAACAUUUAAUAGUGCAAUUACUUUAUCUCAUUAGUCCUCACAAUGUAAAAUAACUAUGACAAAUAAUGUAAAUGGAUCAAGAGCAAGUGAAUAUUGGGGAAUAAGGGCAUUUAAUAUAUAUAUUGCAAAAUGCUAUAGUGGUUGCGAUGAAUGUCUUGGUCCUUUAAAAACAUAAUGCACUGUUUGUUCAAGUGGUUGGGUGCUUUUCAAGAAUUUAUGCACUCAAUGUAUUAAUAUUAACCUAACAGUAUAGCUCCCCCUAUUCUUUUAUCACAAAUUUAAACUAUUUAAAUUAAAGAUCCAUAGUCAGAUGAUAGAAUCCCUAUUGAGAUCAAUCUAUUAGAAGUUGAUUAAUAAAUAAAUACUUAAGGUAAUUUUACACUUUCAGUUAAGAAUAAAUUUAAAUUCUUGACUAUUUAAGUUAAUGUAAAAUGCCUUCCAAAAGGAAGAAUUAAAAGUUUAUUUUAAAGCAAUAAACUAUAAGAUUCUUACUUAUAUUCAUUUUUUUUAAAUUGUUAGUAGGCUUUCAACACUGUAAUUUAUAAUGUAAAAUACGAAUAAAGGAUAAUUACAGAAUAAGAAAUUAUAGUUAAUAUAUCGGAUAAAUAAUGUGUAAUUUAUUAAGNUUCACUAACCUAGUUAUGAAGUUGUCAUUAUUGUCGACGGUAUUACAUUAGACUCAAAAUCUUAUUAUUUGUGGAUAGACUAAGCUUAUUUUAAAUAUCUGGAACAGUCAAAAGAUUGUCAUCCAUACAGUUAUUCAAAUGUAAUGGAUUCGGAAUUUCAACAAAUUACAAUUAGAAUGAAUCAUAAUUCAGAAUCGUUAACUUACAUAAUGACUUCAGAUUACUCCUCCUAUUAUGGUAAUUAAAAAGGAUAUUGGGGAAUUAGAGAUUUUACAUUGUCAAUAGUAAGAUGUCCUUCUGGUUGUUUAUAUUGUUCAGACAAUGAUUAUAAUAAUUGUUAUUAAUGGAUAGGUGUUUUAUCACUGUGGCAUGAAUCAAUUAAAUUAGAUGGAUGGGUGAAAAAUGAUAAUAUCUAACCUGCAACGUCUAAAUGUGUAAUUUUUGAUCUUGUUGGAGGAUACCCUAAUUUACAUUCAUAUGAUAAAUUAGAAAAAAUUAUACAAAACUUGAGUCCUCAUUAUAAAAUCUCAAUAAAUUUCUAAAUUUGGUAAAUUGAUAGAUGGUAGUCUAAUUACGAGUCCUUUUAGUUAUUGGUAGAUGAUUAAAUUUAUAAUUAAACUAAUAACAGAUUUACAGAUUAUUACUUAAUGUGUGGUGGAUUCUCGAGUUUGGUAAAAACAUUUAAUAGUGCAAUUACUUUAUCUCAUUAGUCCUCACAAUGUAAAAUAACUAUGACAAAUAAUGUAAAUGGAUCAAGAGCAAGUGAAUAUUGGGGAAUAAGGGCAUUUAAUAUAUAUAUUGCAAAAUGCUAUAGUGGUUGCGAUGAAUGUCUUGGUCCUUUAAAAACAUAAUGCACUGUUUGUUCAAGUGGUUGGGUGCUUUUCAAGAAUUUAUGCACUCAAUGUAUUAAUAUUAACCUAACAGUAUAGCUCCCCCUAUUCUUUUAUCACAAAUUUAAACUAUUUAAAUUAAAGAUCCAUAGUCAGAUGAUAGAAUCCCUAUUGAGAUCAAUCUAUUAGAAGUUGAUUAAUAAAUAAAUACUUAAGGUAAUUUUACACUUUCAGUUAAGAAUAAAUUUAAAUUCUUGACUAUUUAAGUUAAUGUAAAAUGCCUUCCAAAAGGAAGAAUUAAAAGUUUAUUUUAAAGCAAUAAACUAUAAGAUUCUUACUUAUAUUCAUUUUUUUUAAAUUGUUAGUAGGCUUUCAACACUGUAAUUUAUAAUGUAAAAUACGAAUAAAGGAUAAUUACAGAAUAAGAAAUUAUAGUUAAUAUAUCGGAUAAAUAAUGUGUAAUUUAUUAAGUAAUUAAAGUUAUUGACGAAUUACCUUUUUUUAUCAAAAUUUUGGAAAUUAUAAUAGAAGAUUUUUGA